CGAUCUUUCAUGGCGGACGACGAGAGCAGCAGCGACGCGCUAGCCUUCGACUCGUCGACCGAAGCGACGAUCCACAACGUGGACCCGAUCGAGGUGCAGACCUUCCAGCUCGUCUCAGAGCUGCUCUCGCCCGAGGUCGACGAGCCCGAGCGCAUCCGCAAGAUGAACUGGCUGGCCGAAGUGCUCGAGAAGGCCGAGGCCGCGUUCCGCCAGACGCAGCCGAGCCCUGGACGCCGCGACGGCCACCUCGUCGGCCACCUCUUCCGCAUCCUCGACGACUUUGAGGACUUUUACACGAUGCUCGAGCGCAAGCUCCAGGGCGACGCGGCCGACCGCGUCCGGAACGAGCGCAUGAACGCAGCCGUCUGCCGGCUCUUCCUCGCAACGUCGCCUGUCCACACGCGCUUGAUCGUGCGCACACUCUAUGAAGAAGACGUUCUCGAGCGCGUUUGUCGCUGGGCCGAGGGCGCGCCCGGGCCACUCCCGCCGCAUGGGCUCCAACUGCAGUGCUACGCGGCCGGGCUUCUCUCGGUGGGCCUCCGCGACCGGUCGAUCGCCGACACGGUCGUCAACCACGCGACGCUGCCCGUGAGCUUGCUGCGGCGGUCGCGCUACUACGCCAUGGCGCUCGAGAACGAGCGGGCGAUGGCGCUCGAGUACAUGCAAGCAAUGCAGCAGAAAAAGCUCGUAAAGAACAGCAAAAAGCCGAGCAGCGCGAGUACGCCGACCGCGGCCAAGCGGCGCAAGCUCUCGAUCGACAAGACAUCGCUCGACGACCAGAGCACAUCGUCGACGUCGCUCGCCGGGUCGGACAUUCCGGACCGACUCGUGCACGGACUCCAGGACGACACGCUGUCCAUGACGCCCGAAGACAUUGCACGGCGCCAUGAAGAGCCACCAAAGCAGCUCUUGCUCCUCGAUCUGCUUUACUGCCUCGAGUGCCUUGGUCUCAUGGGCGAGUACCUCGAGCUCCUCGCGCCGGCGCUCAAGGAAGACGUGCUCGGCACGAUCCUUACCUUUCUCCAUAGCCAGCACCCGACGCUGUGGUCGGCGACGCUCAAGCUCACGUCCCACUUUCUGGCCCACAAGAAGUUUGCAUUUUCGUUUCUCGAUGCGGGCGGUCUCCAGCUCGUGCUCGGCCGCCAGCGACCGGACGAGGUUGCGCUCCUCCACCGGUCGAUGAGCAUGUGUCUGCACGGCUUUGCAUCGUCGUCGGUCGUCAUGGAGACGAUCUUCCGGCGCGAGACCGACCGCAGCGCGCUCCUGCUCAUGGCGCUCACGCUACUCGGGAGCCCGCACGAGAAGGCGCGCCAGAACGCGGUCGUCUUCUUCGGGCUCGUGCUGCCGUUCCGGUCGGCGCUCGAGUUUUUCGAAGCCAACGACGGCGUCUACAUCCUUCUCAACCUCAUUCGAUCGGGGAACGCGCCCAAGAACGCGGUGCAGCGCCAGCUUGCGCACGACGCGUGUCUCUGCUUGCGACAGUACGUCCGCGUGCACUUUGGACUCCUGGUCUACGCGCUGCGGCGCAAGCUCCACGGCCCCAACAGCCGCAUGCCCAAGCUCUCGCCGUACAAGCCGAUCGACAUUGACGACAAGAGCCAUGAGACCCAAGUCCUCCUCUUUGAGAAGCACGGCAAAGGCUUGAAGGACACGAAAUGGGUGCUCGGCCUCAUGCAUCUGCGGGCGCCGCUCGUGCUGCUCGAAGUGCUCAACGUGUUUUGCAAGCAGUCGUCGCGGGACCUCGACCAAGAACCGACCUCGUACCGUGUCUGGCUCGUCGAACGCGCGCAGUUUUCGCUCCAGGCGCUGCGGCUCCUCACGCUGGUGCACCCGCUGAUCGCGCCGGACGUUUGUGCGACGACGCUCGCCGACGGACGCAAGAGCGGGCUCUCGAUCGUGCUCGAGUGCGCGAUGAGCACACAUUUCCGGGACGGCGACAUCGUCCGCGACGCCCUCCACGUGCUCGGCAACUGCGUCUACCCGCCCAUCAAGGCCAAGCCAACAGACACCCACGAGUCGGCGGCGGUCAAGAGCAUUCUCAAGCUCGCACGCGACAAGAGCGCGCUCAAGGUCUGUCUCUCGCUGCUUCGGUACAAGCGGUCGCUGCAACACGCCGACAGCGUCCGGUUCUUGGCGGCACGCGCGCUGCUCGGGCUCUCGCGCGACCGUCACGUGGCCCAGAUCCUCGAGCAAAUGCAGAUCGGCCAACUCUUGUCCGACUUGAUCCGGCACGACCCUGUGCUCGAAGAGAACGCCGACAUUCAUCUGCGCUUCAAGGAUGUCGCGCUCGAGCUCAUCUCGCACGUGACGCACCGCGUACCGAGCUCUGCGAUCCACGAAGCGACCGACCCGACCGUGCGCAAGAUUGAGAAGGCGAAUAUUGUCGCGGCCACCCACAUUACGUACAACCCGAACGACCUCCUGCUGUUGAUCCACGACCAUCUCAAGGCUCACGGGCUGACCGCCGCCGCGGACGCGCUCGAGACCGAAGCGCAGCUCAAGCAACACGCGUCGUCGGGCCCCGGGAGUCCGCACAAGCCCCAAGCGUUGCGACGCACCAAGUCGUCGACGAACGACGACGCGCUUCUCUCGCCAAGCACGUCGCCGCGUCCGAGCAAGCGCGCCAAGGCGGACGUGAAGCUCGGGCGCGUGCUGUCGUUUGCACAGCGCAAGAAACACGUGGCCCGGCAGCUCACGGCGCCGCAUUACUUUGAGAAGCCUCAAGCGGACGUCAAGAAGAAGGCGGUCAAGCGCGACGUCAAGACGACAACGUGGCUUGACAAUGUCGUGCGCCAGUACUGCCGCGAGCAGCACCGGCAGUGUCCGAACCCGGUCGCAAUUGUACCGCCAUUCUCGCUCGCGUCGUCGACGCCGCACGAGUGCCCGGACGUGGCCUUGUCGGCGCCAGCGUACACCAACAUUAGCAACAGCCUCGUCGUCCGGAGCGCACUCGGCAGUACGCAUCGCGUCGACACGGGCAUGACGCGCUUUGCGUAUGGUCGCCACCGCGCCUUCCGCGUCGUUAGUCACGGCACGGAUGUGACGGGCGGGCUCACGGCGGCCACGUUUCUCUCGGUGCCGCGCGACCGCCAUAUUGUACUGGGGACGGACCAAGGCGAGCUCGUGUACGUCAACUUGGAGCAGGACGCGGUCGUCGGGCGCUGGCAGUGCCACCCGAACGCGGGUCCUCUCACGAGCAUCGCGACCAACGAGCACACGCGACUCGCCUUCUCGCAUGCGAACCCGCUGAUCCUCACGGGCACGUCGCGGCUCUCGCAGUACGUACAGGCGACGAUCGGGCUCUGGGACCUCGGGCGUAUGGACACACCGCGCUGGACGCUCCCCGGGAUGCGCGCCGGAGCCUUCAACUACGCGGGCGAUCGGGUCGUCGCCAUGGCGUACGAAGCGGCGACGCACGCGCCCUUUGACCCGUCGAUCGGUAGUCCUGUGCGCGGCACGGCCAUCUACGAAGUCGAGACGGGGUCCAUGCUCGCGCAGCUCGAAGACCCAGUCCGCCCCUCGGGUAUUUACGGCGACGCGACCAACUGUGUGUUUUCGCCCUGCGACACGACGGUGCUUGCGGACGGGAUGCUCUGGGACCUCCGCGUCUCGCGUGCUGUGCACCAGUUUGACAAGCUCUCGAACGACGGGUUUGGCUACUUUCACCCGAGCGGGAAUGAGGUGCUUGUCAACUCGGCGGUCUGGGACCUCCGCACGUUCAAGCUGCGGCGGAUGGUGCCGGCUCUCGAGCAGAGCCGCGUCGCGUUCAACCACAAUGGCAGCGUCCUGUACGCCUACUCGCCGUUCGAACCGCUCAUGAAGGAAAGUUCCAAGAAGUUGCUCAAGCACAAGACAUGGUUUCGAGUCCUCGAUGCGCGCGACUACAAGGACAUUUCGACCGUCGACGUCGAGCGGCCGAUCUACGAUGUCUCGCUCAACUACCAAGAGACGCUGCUGGCGAUUGUCGAAGGCCGGUACCUCGACUCGGUCUACGGGGAAGACACGCCCGUCUGCCGCCUCUACGAGGUCGGCCGCAACAAGCCGAACGAAGCCGACUCGGACCUCGAAGACAACGUUGAAGAGUCGGAAUCGAUGGAGGACGAAGAUUUCGAGUCGACGUCGAGCUUGGAAGAGGAAGAAGAAGAGGACGACGACGACGAUGAGGUGCUAGAGCCCGGUGCCAAUGGCAGCCUGAGCGACGACGAUGACGACGAUGUGCUGUCGGACGACGCCGACUCGGACGACGGCGCCUCGUCCCAGGGCUACGACACGGAAGACCUGCACGCGCUUUUGCGUCUCGAGAUCCCGGACAAUGCGUACUUGACGUUUGGCAGCGAGUACGACGAUGACGACGAGGACGGCGACGAUGAAAUGUCGGACGACGACGAAGACGACGAGUAGUUAGUUGUCUUUUUUACAACUAGUAACGCGCCCACGCCUCUUCUAUGCGCCUCAUAUAAAUUAUACAUAUCUCUUAUCUCUUAGCCGUUGGG